ACCGAUUCGUCGUUUGUCAACCGCCGAUAAAAACCAAGAAGAAGAAGACGAAGAAGAACAAACACAAGGGAAAAGUACGUGAAGCUGGAGUUGAGCUGCAGCAUCCGAGUAAAAAAUCUCUUUGUUUUGAAUGAAGAUGGACUCUGAGGCUGUGGAGAUAGACGGCAGCGUGAUGGAAGGAGGCGGACAGAUCCUGAGAGUCUCGGCGGCGCUCAGCUGCAUCACCGGGUCCUCCAUCAAAAUCACUAAAAUCCGAGCCGGCAGAAGCACGCCGGGUCUGAGACCACAGCACCUGACCGGCCUGCAGCUGGUCUCAGAUCUGUGUUCUGGCAGUCUUCAAGGAGCCAGCAUUGGCUCCACUGACAUCAGUCUGACUCCUGGUAAAACCCGGGCUGGGAACUACACGGCUGACACGCAGACUGCAGGGAGUGUGUGUCUCCUGCUGCAGGUUGCUCUGCCUUGUGCUCUUUAUGCCGAUGCUGCCUCACAGCUGUGUCUGAAGGGAGGAACCAACGCAGAGAUGGCUCCUCAGAUUGACUACACUGUCAAGGUAUUCAAACCCAUUGUGGAGAAGUUUGGAGUCCAUUUUGACUGUGACAUCAGAAUGAGGGGUUUCUACCCUAAAGGUGGAGGUGAGGUGAAGGCGACGGUGAAUCCAAUCAAAGAGCUGACGCCUGUCACAAUGACUGAGAGAGGAAACAUCACAAAGAUCUAUGGUAGAGCAUAUGUUGCUGGAGUUCUACCUUUCAAAUUGGCUAAAGACAUGUCAGCUGCUGCUGUUCGAACCAUCAGGAAGGAAAUCAAAGAACUUUACAUCAACAUCCAGCCACAGCAAGAGAAGGAAAAGGCCUGCGGGAAUGGAAAUGGAAUAAUAAUCAUCGCGGAGUCCUCUACAGGUUGCAUAUUUGCUGGUUCAGCACUGGGAAAGAAAGGUGUGUAUGCAGAUAAAGUGGGUAUUGAAGCUGCUGAGAUGUUGCUGAAAAACAUCAGACACAAUGGCUGCGUGGACGAAUUCCUGCAGGACCAGCUCAUUAUCUUCAUGGCGCUGGCAAAGGGAACGUCUCGGAUUCGAACUGGUGCUGUGACACUACACACACAGACAGCAAUUCACAUCGCAGAGCAGCUGACUCAGGCAAAGUUCACAAUAACAAAGUGCGAGGACGAGCUGAGCAGAAACAUCACCUACAUCAUCGAAUGUCAAGGAUCAGGAGCGGUGAACCCCAACCUGUAGCAGAACACGCUGUGCACACACUGACCCCACGCUCGGUAGCUGCUCCUAACAUGGCCGACCCUCUUAGUUUCUGUCUCUCAGGGUUUUUCCAUAAAUACUGUAAUAAAUAAAUAAAUCUCCUCCUUGUGUUCACAUGUUUCUGCCUGUUUUUAACUGUUCCAAGGAAAGAUUUCCAGUAUUUCCCCAUGUGCACUUCACUUUCCUGGUUCUUUGGUUGUUAGUUUAUGUCUCUGACUGAAAGCAGAUUUGGAAUAUGCUUUUUGGUCAGUAUCCUGCUUUGUCAAAUUUGAGUUUUCUUUGUUCAGAGUUUGGAAAAUUUUCAUAUAUCCACAGCCUUAAGUGAGAUUUUGGCUUUUGACAUGAGAAUUGAACCCUCAGCAAAGAAGGGUCUUUGCGAUUAAAGGAUCAGGACUAUUUAACACUUAUGCUAGUAUAGUAGUUAGACUUUUGAGAGGCUUUUUCAGUCCGGUUUAGAAAUCAGCAUUGCUGAUUGUCUAACAAUGAUCACUACAUAUGAAUUUUUGAGUUGUAAUCAUAACCUGACCAAUAAAAUGAAUAAACUGUCUUCCAGUUCUA